UAGAGAUGUUUUGAUGAUAAUAAAACAUUUAUUUAUCAGUUUCAAUGUGAAAUGUAUUUCUUUAAAGUAACUAUUGUUCUCUGAAACAUAUUGCAAUGGAGCAUUCCGAUAUGGGAUCAGAUCAGUAUUGUUUUGGGUGUUUGUGUGCGAAGGCAGAAAAGUCAAUUCACUGCCUAAGUUUACGAAAUUCAGUUCUAAAAACAGUUAUACAGGCGGAAUGUCUUUUCCUGUGCUAUCUCUGUAGGAGAGCCUCCCAACAGGCCGACUUGUUCAUUCAAAAUGUCCAAAGUAACCAGAUUUUAUUGCAGAAUGUCCACAGUGUGGAAGACUCAACAAUAAACUCGGUCCGGUCACAGUCCCGAGCACCUCAUCAGUUAUCCACAAUAUCACUAGACAUUAUAGAGAUAGGGACAACCAAGUCAACUGAAGAGGAGUCCUGUUUUGUCUAUGAUCACCGGGGACCGAAAGUUAAACAGGAAAUGAAGAAGGAAGGAGCAGCAUUUGAUGAUUAUGAUGAUCAUACUGAUUACCAAGAGCCUUUUGUAAAAGAAGAAGAUGAUUUCCCUCUUAAAGAGUUAUUAAAAGAGGAAGUGAUGAUGAUGGAAGUGGAUCUCAAGAGCCUAAAGAAGAGCCUCAGAAAGGAGAAGUUUAAGAAAAGAAAAGUGAAGAAGGAUGUAGUAAUUAAAGAAGAAAUGGAAGAAACAGCAGAAUGCGAAAUAGAGACAGUGUACAUAACUCGAGAGCAGUGCUUCGAAGAGCGUGAGCUCAUGUCACGCGACCAGCGCUAUCUAACCGCUACGUACAAGUGCACUGAUUGUCUUAAAGGGUUCAACUUCAAGGAGAGUUUUCAUAACCAUUUGGAAAAGCAUAGCAAGAGUAAUGGAGAUUAUGAAUGCGACGUGUGCAAGCAAAGAAUGAGCACAGAAAAUAAACUGCUCUCUCACAAGAAGUACCACGAAAGGCGGUACCGGUGCUCCGUAUGCGGCCUAACUCGGGUCAGUCGACUGACGGUCAAAGACCACUACUCAGCUUUCCACUCUUCCAACCAUUAUAAGCAUUGUACACACUGCGGUAAAACAUUCAAACGGCAGGUGUCCUGGCGGAAACAUAUAGCGAGCGCGCACGGACGCACGCGAGUCACUUGUGCGUACUGCGAGAAGAGCUAUGCGAACAGAGAUGUGCUCAAGGCGCAUAUGAUUGUUCGACAUCCGACAGAAGUGUCAGCGGGCGAGGUGAGCAAACCGCACGUGUGCCAAGAAUGCGGGAUGGCGUUUAAGGCUCCCUCGCAGCUCAAGAUACAUAGCGUGAAACACUCUUUAUCCAGGGAUUAUUACUGCGUUGAGUGUGACAAGAGUUUCAAAUCGGCGUCGAUACUAAAACAUCACUUGAAAACGGCGUCAACCCACGUCAGCUACACUGAAUUACCUUUGGCGUGUGAACACUGCGACAAGCGGUUCGCGAUCCGGAGGGACUUAGAGCGACACGCCAACAGGAUCCAUCUCAACAUCAAACCCUUUCAGUGCGAUCGCUGCGAGAAGGUAACUGAAAUUGAACAAUGGUUGACGUGGUCUCUGAACGAGCACCGGCGGCUUGUCCACGAGGGUUUCAAGCGGCCGCUGAAGUACCCUUGCCCCAUGUGCGACAAGGUUUUCGACCGUAACCAGAUCCUGAAAGGCCACAUCCGAACACACACUGGAGAAAGACCUUACCAGUGCACCCGAUGUCCCGCGCAGUUCACACAGCCAGCAUACUGGGGACCCACGUGAGGCUCAUACACCUCAAACUGACCAGGGACGGCCGCCCUAAGGCUGUAGCUAGCAAAUAAGCUACAUCUACACUAGGAGACUACCCAUACAUGUUCACACAGACCAGCAUACUGGGGACCCACGUGAGGCUCAUACACCUCAAACUGACCAGGGACGGCCGCCCUAAGGCUGUAGCUAGCAAAUAGGCUACAUCUACACUAGGAAGGAAUAUACAUAAACACGCCUGUAUUUCAAAAAGGGGUUGGCAGAGCACAUGAAAUUGCUCAAGUUUAGCAAUUGCUAUGGGGUUGAAAUCGCAAUAUUGCAGUGACGUGUCGCCAUCGCCAUCAUCAAAGUGAACCCAUAUCCCGCAGUCGACUUCUACGACACUCAUGGGAAGAAAACUAACAUUUCGGAGCAUACAGUAUUUACGGAUAUUGCCUAGUCUAAUUAUUAAUUUAUUUAGGAAUCGAUCUGCAUUUGCAUUUAUAAUUACUUAAUGUUAUUAUUUAACGACUAAUAAGUGAACUGAUAUAAUAAGUUAGAUUUAGAAUAGAAUACGAAAUGCCAUAAUAUUGUUAAAUAAACACUGUUUUAAUUUAAUGUGUUUUUUUCAGCCAUCCCAAGUUACUAGUUGUUCGUAAACUUUAUAGUUA